AUGAGUGCUUUAGACUCAACGGAAAGGACAGUAUUAAAGGCAAUUAAGACCGAGGAAAUUCGAGAAGAAUUAUUAUUCCGAUUAUUACCUAAUACAGGUCAAAAAGAAGAACUUGUAGACAUGCUUCUCAGCGACAAUGAGCGAGUAGUAGCUGACGGAAUACAAGCAAACCUUAUUGCAGCUAGAAAAAAACGAAACGAAGACGCUCAAAAAAUUAUUGAAUUGCAGAACACUAUCGCCACGAUGAGCUUAACCCAAAACAGCCAACCAGCCAACGAAAAUGUUCUGGAACUCAUUCUCCGAUUAUCACAAUCGCAACAAGCAAUCGCCGAUAAAUUAUCACUAAACUCUCAACAUCAAGUACAAAUCUUUUCCACUAACGAUACUGCUAAAGCAAUAUCUUUAUUCUCUGGAAAAAAAAUCGAAAAUGUUUGCGACUGGGUUAAAGAAGUUGAACGCAUUUCAGUACACGCACACUGGACUCCAUCUCUCACCUUAGUCAACGCCACCUCACGAUUAGCAGGAUCAGCCUUAAACUGGCACAAAGUAUCUGGUCGCUCUUUUGACGAUUGGUAUACUUGGAAAGAAGGCAUCAUAGAUAGAUUUAAAGUUAAGAUGUCUCUUUCUGAAUUUAUACAAUUCCAAGCCAAACGCACACUACGCUCUAAUGAACCAAUUGCAGAUUACAUUUAUGACAAGGAUGCUAUUAUAGACAAAGCUCCAUUCCCGCUACAACAGUCUGAUAGAGUUUCCUUAAUCUUACAAGGCAUAACUAAACACGAAUGGGCAAUUCCAUUGACGACAGCAAUGUGUACUUCUGUUAAGGACCUCUUAGAUAGGGCUGUGCAAUUGGAUGCCAUUCGCAAAGUUCAGUAUGUUAAAGAAAAUACUUCCGAAAAUACAACUAGUUUCAAAUCUCAAGACAACCAAAAAGAACAAGGUAACUAUAUUCCUCGUUUCAACCCAUCAGUUCAUAAAGAAGAAGAUCAAACUUGCUAUAGAUGUAAGCAAGUAGGACACGUCAGUUACAAUUGUAAAAAUCCACUUCAAGAAAAAUCAGCUCGUGUUUACAACAAGACAGACAUAAAAGAUACCACCUACGCCAAUAAGAAACAUUUUAAUAAAGAGGUAAAGCCUAAAGAGACAUUGACAACCAAAACAAUAAAUUGUGUUCAAGAGGAUUCUACCUCAGAAGAUUUUGUUAGAGUAUCUCAAAUUCCGGCCACAAUAAAUGGCAACAUGACUAUCGAUGCCUUACCCGAUAUUGGAUCAUGUGUUACGUUACUCAGAAGGUGUUUUGUUCCAGAUAACAUACCCAUAUUUCCAUGGCAAGAUGGAUCAUACGCUACGCCUGAGGGUAACUGCACACCAAGUGGUUGGAUAAGUCUAAGAAUAAAAGUCGGAAACAUUGAUUAUGUUAUGCCAAAAGUAGGUAUAUGUGAUAAAUUACCAAUUGCAAUGAUUCUAGGUCGUGAUUGGCAAAAAGCAGUACAGGCAACAAUUACUAUCGAACCAAAUGGUGCUGUAUGUAUAACAACACCAUCGUCUAUUCAAGAAUUCGGUUGUGUAAAAUCCAAAACUGCAUUUGUUGGAUGUGUUGUACAAUCCAGAUUUAACAACAGACCACUUGUUACCAAAAUAUCUGAUAUAGAAACCACAAAAGUAGAUCAACCAUUUCUCAAUCAAGACCAAACCCAGAAACUUGAAUCUCUAAUUAACUCAUAUGAGGACAUUUUUUCAACACCUGAAGCUGAACUUGGAGAAUUUCCGGACAUUGAGAUGGAGAUUUUAUUGACCAACGACAAGCCUAUUAAAUGUAAACCUUAUAAAGCAACCGAUCCAGACAGAACAUUUAUGAGAAAUCAAGUAGAAAAAUGGAUAUCACAAGGAGUGUGUCGCAUGUCAACGUCGCCUUAUGCAGCACCUGCCUUUGUUGUAGAUCAGCCAUUUCAUGAGUCAACCCCGAAACGAUUGGUUGUAGACUACUCAAGAACUAUAAAUCCAAUUACAGUAAAAGACCCAUUUCCAAUAGAUCAAAUGGACUUGAUGAUCAGUAAAAUAGCUGGUAAAAAAUUCAAAUCAUUGGUAGAUAUCAAACACGCUUUUAACAAUUUUAAAAUUAAAGAAAAUGAUAUUUUUAAAACUGCUGCAGUGACUCCUGAUUACCAUAUCGAAUUUUGCAGAGUUAUAUUUGGACUUGCGAAUGCACCAGCUCUUUUAGCUAGAGCAAUUUCUAUUGCUUAUGGUGAUUUACUUAAAUUAGGACUGGCAAAGUACUAUGAUGAUUUAGCAGCAGGACAUGAUUCAUUUGAAGACCACUUGAAUUUUCUACAGUUACUUUUUGAAGCCACAAGGAAAUACAGUCUCAAAUUUACUAAAAGCAAGUGCACUUUCGCUGCACAGGAAAUAAAGAUUUUAGGCAGAAUAUUAGACGAGAAAGGAGACAGACCAGACCCUGAACGUGCCCAAGCAGUCACAAGGUACCAAACAUUAAGUACACUUCAGGAACUUAGAAGUUUUUUAGGAUUUGCCAAUGCAUUACGAAGGUAUAUAAAUCACUUUGCAUCAAUUGCAAGACCCUUAACCAAUAUGUUGAAGAACAAACCAGUAUCAAGUAAGAAAUCUUCUAAUUAUAAAAUUCAAUUAUCAGAUGAUGAACAUCAUGCUUUUGUUAAGUUAAAAUCAGCAAUUACUUCGAACCCAGUUCUUGCAGCCUUCCGUCAAAACGUGCCAACUACCGUAGAAACCGACGCAAGUCAUGAAGGAUUAGGUGCUUGUCUCUCCCAAAUACAUGAUGGAUCUAUAUGUAUAAUAGAAUACGCAAGCAGAUCCCUUAAAGAUCCAGAAAAACGUUACCAUAGCAAUGAGUUAGAGGUUACAGCGGUACAUUGGGCUAUAACCGAAAAAUUUCGCCUUUAUUUGGUCGGUCAAACCUUUAAACUCAUAACGGAUAAUUAUUCCACAGCUUACAUAGUCAAUAAAGCUAAGCUUAACAGAAAGUUUGCCAGAUAUGUUGUUGACUUAGCAGCAUUCGAAUUUGAACCCAUCUACAGAGCUGGUAAACUAAACAUUAUUGCAGACCAUCUUUCAAGAUACCCUCAACCUGUUAACGAUGAAAAUCAGUGUUGUUUGGCAAUCAUUAACUCUCAAAACGAUAAAUUAGUACAUGCCCAACAAGCUGACUCCUUUUGCCAACAAAUCAAUAAAAAACUUAAGAAUACAAAUAACACGGUUCAUAUUCUACAAAUAAAAUGUAUGUAUAAAUAUGAAAAUAACAUCCUAGUUCAUGUCAAUAUAGAAAAUGGUUUUGAAGUAAGUAAAAUUGUCAUUCCAUUUUCUUUUCGCAACACAGUUUUACAAUAUUGUCAUGACAACACAGGUCACUUCGAUAUUAAGAAAACUUUAUCCAGGAUUAAAGCACGCUAUUGGUGGAGUUCCAUGAGAAAAGACUGUGCCCUCUAUGUUCGUGGAUGUAAGACUUGUCAACAAGUCAACAGAAGAACCACAUCAGCAUAUGGUAUGUUAGGCGAGAGACCCAUACCUGAAGUUCCUUUUGAAGUCAUCUCAGCAGAUCACCUUUCACUCCCAACUACUAAAGCGGGCAAUUGUUACAUAUUAGCUCACAUCUGUCACGCUACCAGAUUUCUUUUAGCUAGACCUACAUGUACUACUGCCACAGACGAUAUCAUUCACACACUUGAAAAUGAUAUCAUAAAUCACUAUGGACUACCAGUUACAUAUAUUUCGGAUAAUGGUUCUUCAUUCACAAGUUCUAAGUUCAAACUGUAUUUAGAAAAAUAUGAAAUACAACAUUCACUAUGUCCACCAUAUACCCCACAAGCCAACGGACUGGUAGAACGUUCUAACGCAACCAUGAUCUCAGUUUUAUCUAAAUUUUCAUUAGAGCACCCAGAUGAUUGGGACAUUAAGCUACCAAACCUAAUCUUAGCUAUAAACACAUCUCAACAGAGCACCACAAAGUUUUCACCUUUCUACUUAUUACAUGGUUAUGAACCAAAACUCUCUACUAUGGAUAUGGCACUAGGUUCAGUACAGUCAGACCUGUCAAGAAUGGAUCAACUAGACUUACUUGCAGAAAGUAGAGGUAUAGCAAUUGAAAACUUAAAAGACAAUCACAAAAUAAACAAAAAACGAUUCGAUCAACAUAGAAGCCACCACAACUUCCAGCCAGGUCAACGAGUAUGGUAUAACUGGCAGUCUACAAAUGACACAAAACUUUCACCAAAUUUUAAAGGACCAUUUGUCAUUGAACACCCAGUUGGAAAAGUUUGUUAUAAAAUUACCAGGGCCGAUGCAACAAACAAAAAACAUUCCAGAAUAGUUCAUGUACAAUCACUUAAACCAGCUCAAUACAGACCAAAUUUGGAUGAUCCAGGAGAGAUUCAAUUUGAGGAGAACAAUCAACAAUCACCUCCAACUUCUCUCACAGACAACAUCCAAAUAAAUUCUCCUACCCCAACCAUAGACACUAAGGUAAACAGCAUUACUAAACGUACUCGCAAGACACCAUCUUGGUUAAAAGAUUAUAUAAUAGGUUAA